UGGAGAUAAUGUUAUCAUUUGAUUAUGAUGGAACAUAUUUAAUGAAUUGGCAAUAAUAGAUUAGGAGGGUUAGUGGUAUCCAAGAUGCUCUUCAAAACGGUCUUCUUAAUCGUGGGCCUUAGGCAGAUUCUGGCGCUGCCCACGGAACCAGAGUACACCAAGGUGGACCUUAUUGAAAAUGUCAUCAAGGGUGAUGCUGACUCCGAGCUUGACACUGAUAUGGCAAUGACUCGCAUCGUGUCAGGCUGGCAAGCGUACCCCGGGCAACAUCCUCACCAGAUCUACCUCCGCAUGGUCAAUGCGACUGGCACCAUGAGCGCCUGUGGUGGCUCUGUAGUCCACAAGAACUGGUUUAUCACUGCUGCCCACUGUACCGCACAACGAGUGCGUCUCCUGGUGCGCGCCGGUCUCGUCCACAUCUUGCAGCCUCAGUACGACUCCGAAACCACCGAGUGGUACAACUACCCCACCUUCAUCGAGGAAUUGGCCAGCACCGUCGUGCAGCCUAACGACAUUGCGAUCGCACAUGUUGACGAGCCUUUCACCUUCAGCCAUCUGCUGCAGCCCAUCAAGUUGCAGUCAUCAGCUGACGCGUACAGGGACUACUCCAACCAGCAAGUCAUCGCCAGCGGUUUCGGACGCACCUGGAGCAUGGGUGCAACGGCCGAGAAUCUACAGUGGGUGUACCUGAGCGGGGUGUCGAACUCGCUCUGUUUCUCCACUUUCGGAACCAUCAUCACCGACACCACCAUCUGCGCGAGGUUCUAUAACGUCACGUCCAUAUUUAUUAUCCAGGGUGACAGCGGCGGCCCCCUUGUCCACGUGGAUGACGAAGGAGUCCCAAUCCUUAUCGGAGUAGCGGCGUUCGUGGCUGGCGGCAACUCGGGCUGCCACGCCGGACAUCCUGCAGGUUUCACCCGCCUCGGACCCUUCCACAGCUGGUUCACAGAGAAGACUGGUAUUGACUUCGAUGCCCAAGAAGAAGACACCGAAGCCCCAACCGAACCCCCUACUGAACCCCCAACUGAACCCCCCACUGAACCUCCUACAGAACCCCCAACUGAACCCCCUACUGAAGCUCCUACCGAACCCCCAACGACUGAGUCUCCUACCGAACCCCCAACAACCGAGUCCCCAGAUUCCGGAGAAGAUGAGUCCACAGAAAAACCAGAUGAGGACAGUUCAGAGGAGAAGGAUUCUAAUGAGUCUGAUGAUGACUGCGAAAUGUCUGAGCUCCUCAAGAAGUUGCAAGUCAAUGUUAAUGUCAAAGUACAACUUAACAAGUAUGGUAAUAAGAAACACAAAUCACACGUAAAACAUAAAGUGUAAAGUGUGUUAAUUCAAUAUAAUAAUGUUUCCAUAAAGUGUUUGAGUUAUUGGGUCCAUUUUGUAUCAGUUCUGGAAUUUUUAUAUUUUUAUAUGUAUACCUAUUUGUAAAUAAAUAAUUGAGCAAAUUA